CCAGGCUGGGGAGGACCUUGGGCUCCCUGUCGCCGGCACUGUCCCCAGCUCCUUGAUGGAGUGACGUGGCCCCCAGGGCUGGCUGGUGGGGGCUUCCAGUGUCUCAUGGGCUUGUCCCCAGGUCCCUGCCACCAGGAUGAGACGCAGCAGGACAUCACUGUCCUUCCUGCGGAUUGAGCGGGUCCGGGAGCCGUUGGACUCCGGCCCAGCCCCUGCGAGCCCCCACGGUGGCGGUGGCAUUCGGAGGCGCUUCUCGGGGAGCCCUCUGCUGCCCCUGCUGUGCAGCCACCCGGGGCCCCCUGGAGAGAUGGGCCCCAGCGCCCGGGUGGUGUUCACCAUCGGAGCUCGAGGGACGGAGAGCAGCCCUGGGCCGGCGGCGGGCAGGUGAGGAGCAGAGGGGCUGAGGA